GGACAAAAUGAUUGAUGUCUAUUCUCAAUGCACUGGUCACACAGCUACUAUCGUUAAUACUCCGCGGCUUACAGCAGCCUACAAACUCUUACAACAUAACCUAAAAAUCAUUUGAAACCUCGAGUACACUGUGCAGGUCUACGAAUUUAUAUCAGAUAAUGUUAUGACAGUACUAUUAGAUAUGAUUGCCAGGUUGUCGCGGGAUGAAACGAACAUUCUUGAAAUUCCCUGAAUUUUAGUCCGUAAAAGUAUUAUGGCAUCGAUCUUAGUAAAUAGCCGGUCGGCGACAAUUAACAAGUGCUCCUUGCUUAUCGAACAUUUCUGCACUCCACUACUUACGCGCUUUAAGUCUACAUCAGCAAAGCAAACGCCGGCAGAGUACUGCUUGGAUUUGGUUAGGAAAUAUGACUACGAGAAUUACCUCUGUGCUUUACUUCUUCCAAACACAGUGCGGUCCGCAGCACUUGCUAUCAGAGCUUUCAACAUCGAAGUAGCAAGAGUGGAGGAACAAGCAAGUGACACCACCAUUGGAAAGAUGAGAUUGAAAUUUUGGGAGGAUACAGUGGAUAAAAUCUACAAUGACACUCCACCUAGAAAUCCAGUUGCCUUGGAGCUACAUCGGAUUGUUAGAAAGCAUAAGCUUUCGAAACACUAUUUGAAACGCCUUAUAGUUGCCCGUUCAGAAAAACUAACUCUCUCCGUGUUCCCGAGCCUUGAAUCUCUGGAAGCAUAUGCCGAAAAUACAGCUUCACCAGUUUAUUACUUGCUACUGGAAGCAAGCGACAUAAAACAUGUCCGUGUCGAUCAUGCGGCCAGUCACUUAGGCAAAGCACACGGAAUUACAAAUCUAAUUCGUUCGAUUCUCUACAAUGCUCAGAGACGGUCUAUCGUUAUUCCCCAGGACAUAAUGAUGAAGCAUAACCUUUCUACAGAAGAGGUACUUCGAGGAAAGUCACGAAAAGAGAUUGGUGAUGCUGUUUUCGAUGUUUCCUCAAGAGCUAAGCUACACCUGGAAAAGGCUCGUUCACUGCGCAAUGACGUGCCAAAGAAAGCAAGUGCAAUUUUCCUCCCAGCUAUCACAAUUGACUUCUAUCUAGAACGGCUCAGGCGAGUGGACUUUGAUAUCUAUCAUCCAAGCCUCCAACACAGGAGUGCCCUAUUACCGAUAAUACUGUUCUGGAAAAAGCUACGUUCUCUUCCAUAUUAAUAACGUUAGUUGUUGUAUAUAUAUUUAAAUAGAAAUAAAUACACGUUGACAAAUGUAACACUAA